AUGCUGUCUUCCAACGUUCUACGUGCUCUGGCACUCUUUGCUGCUGCUGUAAAUGCAGGCCCCUGCCGUCCGUCGACAACUCUAGCCGGAACCACCACUGAGGUCACCUUAACCGCAACUGUUGUUGACAGUACUACCGAUCUCACAUCCACUACCAUCGAGAGCGCCACAGAGACCGAGACAACCAAUAUUCCCACCACUACCACGGCCAUCGUUGAUGAGUCUACCACUACCGCUGUCAUCGAAGAGUCUACCACUACCGACAUCCCUACCACUACUACGGCCAUCGCUGAAGAGUCUACCACUACCGAGGCCGCAAGCACCACGACCACCGCUGUGGUUGAAGGUUAUUCAUGCUCUACUGCUGACAACUGUGCCGAAUACACAGACCUGUGUCUUGAUGGGCUGAUCAACUUGUGCCUUUGUAUAAACGCCGUUUGCAUACCUGCGAACUAA